AUGACUAUCGGUACUAGGCCAUUUUGGAGAAGCCGAGCAACAAGAUCGGCAGACUGCGAACUUGCAUGCCACACGGCCUGGCGAGCAUUUUCCGAAGGUGGCAACGGCGAGGAGCCCUGGAAACGCGCCAGUGUUGAGAAGAGACGGGCUUUACUGCAUCGCGUUGCUGAUUUGUUCCUCGAGAGACAAGAGGAGCUCUUGAGCGCGCAAAUCCAUGAGACCAGUUGUCCCAUGUUAUGGGCCAAAAACAACGUCAAUCUCACGGUUCAAUACCUCCGCGAAAUCGCCGCUUGCUUGGGGCAAGUACGAGGGGAGAUUCCCCCGAACGAUAAACCGAACACAAUGGCUUUUGUUUUUAAAGAACCAGUUGGUGGUGUUUUGGUUAUUCCACCUUGGAAUGCCGCGCUUAUUUUGUGUACUCGCGCUAUCGCUUCUGCCGUGGCGGCCGGCUGCACAGUCGUCUUGAAAGCGUCCGAACUUUGCCCCUACACGCAUAGUCUGGUCCAUGAUAUCUUCGUCGAUGCCGGUGCCCCUUUGGGUGUGAUCAACCUCCUCAUGUCAGCUCGCUCUAAGGCAGCUGAAGUUACUGAGUGGCUGAUUUCCCACCCUGCUAUCAGAAAAAUUGACUUUAUUGGCUCUGCUGCUGUAGGUAGAAUGAUCGGUGCAUGUGCUGCAAAGUAUCUCAAGCCAGUUCUCUUGGAGCUUGGGGGGAAAUGUCCUGCUAUCGUACUAGAUGACGCGGACAUCUACAGAGCCGCUGAAAUGUGUGCCAGGGGCGCCUUCCUGCAUCACGGCCAGAUAUGCUUCAGCACAGAGCGUAUUAUCGUUCACAAAGCCAUUGCCGAAAGUUUCACCGCAAUGCUUGUUCAGGCAGCUGGAGCGGUGACGGCACAAGGCAUGUCAGGUCGUGCUAUUACCGAAGACAUCGCUCAGCAUGCAUAUGACGUGGUGCAAGACGCAGCGUCUAAAGGCUGUCGCUUAGUCUUCGGAAAAGCCUCAUUCAAAGAAAAGAGCUCUGUUGCACUAGAGCCCACUAUCAUAGGCGUCGAUACAACAAGCCCGACGUCAUUACGCAUUAUCGAUGAAGAGUCGUUUGGACCGAGUGUUAGCCUGUAUAUCGUCAACGAUGACGAGGAGGCGAUUAAGCUUGCAAAUCAAUCCGCAUAUGGGCUCAAUGCCAGCAUACACACAAGGGACAUGGAACGCGGCCUACGGAUCGGUCAUGAACUAGAAUACGGGCAAGUCCAUCUCAAUUUCAUCACAAUAUACACAAGUCCGACUGGUCCCCAAGGAGGUGUGAAAGGUAGUGGCUGGGGCAGACAGAACGCAAUUUGGGGUGUACAAGAGUUCUUACAAGAUAAGAGUAUCACUUGGCAUGGUUGA